GAGCUUCGACUAUCCUUCGACCAAACUACCAUGCAUAUGAUAUGAUUUACUGGUAAAAACAUGUACUUCACUUGAUGCUGUCUUGGUGGCCCGUCUGAGGGACGUUGUGCAUCUUAAUUUAGUGAAGGACUAUUCUACAGCUGAUGCUUGGUCAGUAUGCCACAUGCAUGAGCCACUGACAUAUGCCACACCGGAAGUCGACUUAAGCAAUUCCCCCGACGCUUGCAGGAAAUAAACAAUUUCAAUACAGGUUACUUAUGUACGUACACCUGACGCUCCAAACGACAUUCAGAUGAAUACGUCUCUUCCCAGUGCAGGUUGGGACGGCGGAAAACGCCUUGGAACGUUCGCAAGUUGUUUGUCCUAGAAUCUGAACUCGUUUUGAUUUGAAUCUCAAGUCCUAAAGCUAUAGCUUCUCCUGCAAGUAAUCCUAUGCAUUCCUCGAGAUAGGUUACCUCUUUGCCUCCACACAGUCAGUAGGAGCGUAGGCUAGGCCAACACCUUGCGAUUUAGUUUCACAUGUUGUUGAGACUUAUUGUUUCUUUACAAGCGACUCUUAUGUGGAGGAAUGCUGUUUGGACAGCGUAUACAGCUCAAAUUGUCAGGAUGCAAUUUCCUCUCAUGCACUCUCAGAAACGAAGGUUCAACUAAGCAGGCGUCAGUAGAACCGGUCCGCAUUUCCACAACAGUGCUGUCGCCCAAUCUCUUCCUGCUGAGAGGUGCUCUGUUCUCGGACACAGUACUUGAGUGUGCACAUGCCCAGCGGUAUCGCAAGCCCGCCAUCAAUGUGCUCAUCGGUAGUAUUGACCGCUCCCGAGUUGUCUAGUUAAUGACUCGACGUGACGCUGCUGAGCCACCGGUGGGUCCUUGAACUUUUUAGUUCAAAUCCAUUCUAGCUGUUCUUGUCUGCUCUCGUGACACAAGAAGCCUGUUCGUGACCCAUGAGCCAAUUCCCGCCUGUAGACUCUUCCACCAUCCACGAUGUCCGAACGCAUUACCCUUGACACAGAGGUACUCACAUCUCUGUACCUUCAUGAUGGAUCUGAAGCGCAGAAGAGUAUCGUACGCCUGCAGAUUGAACAUAGGAUCGAACUGGUUAAACUCUGGCGCAUUCGUCCUGGAGAUACUAUCCUCGAGGUCGGUUGUGGACAGGGCGAUUGCACCGUGGCUCUGGCUGCUGCUGUCGGAGAAGAGGGACAUGUCACAGCGUUGGAUCCAGCUCCAAAGGACUACGGUUCGCCAUUCACCGUAGUUGAAUCCCAAGCGCAUAUACAUGCCGGUCCUUUGGGACCUCGUGUUCAUUUCGUCAAUGCUGACAUCGUACAAUUCCUCCAGUCCACUCCUACGAAUUUUACAAUUGCUGUUCUUGCCCAUUGCAUAUGGUACUUCGCUUCUCCAGAGACACUGGAGAGCAUCUUCACCCAAUUGGCCAGACGUGUGCAACGGAUAUGUCUUGCAGAGUGGUCUUUAACGGCCUCUGAUAUUCGCGGUAUGCCGCACGUCUUCGCGUCACUCACACAAGCUUCGCUCGAGUGCCGCAAGAAGCAUACUACGAGCAAUAUUCGCACCGUUCUCUCCCCCGCUGCCAUACAUGACAUAGCGCAGAAGGCCGGACUUGAGCCCAAACAACAGAAGACAUUCGCACCAGUGGAGGGACUGAUGGAUGCUUGGUGGGAAGUGAGUACUGUGCUGGGUCGUGAGUUCACCAAGGAGGUGGAGGAGCAUGUGCAAGAUGCGAAGGAGAGAGCAGUGGUAUUUGCUCUUCGGGAUGCAACACGGAGCAGUCGAACAUCGCUGAAAGACAAGGGGUUGCUACUGCGGGCCAUGGAUGUUUGGGCCGCCGUUUACACGACCCGGAAGACAGCCUAGCCCUUUUUCCAUCAAAAUCUUCAUUUUGCCAGGUUCUCCUUGACGACACCCAUUUUGUGCUCAGCCUAAGACUGUCAAAACCAUUAAAAAAAAAUUGGAAAGAACGAGACGUUAAUAUUAACGUCUCGUUCUUUCCGUUUCCAAUAGCAUACGUAACUGAGAAACAGCGGUCAUUCAUUUGAUCUUCACAAGUAAAGAGAAUCUGGCGGCGAGCGCUUUGACCUUUGGCCUUGCGUCGUCAAAUGCGUUUGACGCAUUGCGCUCUCUUUGACCUCAACGUAAUCAAUUGUAUAUAAGAAGUCGUCUACCGUAUCCAAUGCCUCAUCCUCAACCGACUC